AUUUCAGUGGAUGGCUGUGUGCUGGGGAGGCUGAUCUCUCCACUGAAAGCUGAUGUGGUUCCAAAGACAGCAGAAAACUUCAGAGCUCUUUGUACUGGUGAAAAAGGAUUUGGGUAUAAAGGAUCCACUUUUCACAGAGUGAUUCCUUCAUUUAUGUGCCAGGGUGGUGACUUUACAAAUCAUAAUGGAACCGGUGGAAAAUCCAUUUAUGGCAGUAGAUUUCCAGAUGAAAAUUUCAUACUCAAGCAUGUAGGACCUGGUGUUCUUUCUAUGGCCAAUGCAGGACCCAAUACAAAUGGAUCUCAGUUCUUCAUUUGCACUGCAAAAACUGACUGGCUAGAUGGAAAACAUGUUGUUUUUGGGCAUGUAAAGGAAGGAAUGGAUGUCGUGAAAAAAAUUGAGAGCUUUGGUUCCAAGAGUGGAAAGACCUCUAAAAAGAUUGUCAUUACUGACUGUGGCCAGCUGUCCUAGCCUUUUGCCCUACCAUUCAGGACAACUUUGACGCUGUGAAAAAUGAGUCAUAAAAACCCCCAAACAUUUCUGAUCCCAUGAGUAGCACAUAUGGAACCAUAUUUUCUAUUUAACUUGGUCCAACUUUUAUAUUUAUAUUGAAUAAUAUUGAUUAGAAUAAAACAAUGUUUUAACUGAGCUACCUUGGUAGUCACACUGUCACACUGAUUCGGUAGAGUCCCAUUGCGUUUUGAAAGAAG